AUGCGCGCACUACUGAGACCCAGGACAGCCGUCUUACGGCAUCAAUGGUCAAUCCCAAGGCGAAGAUAUCUUGCGACCGUAUCCAACGACACGAAGCCUUAUGAUGUCGUGGUAAUCGGAGGCGGCCAUGCUGGCGCUGAGGCAUGUGCUGCGGCGGCGAGAGCUGGAGCGCGAACAGCUUUGAUCACUCCCAAGUUGGACAACCUGGGAACAUGUUCCUGCAACCCGAGCUUUGGUGGUAUUGGCAAAGGCACAAUUAUCCGAGAAAUUGAUGCGCUCGAUGGAUUGGCCGGCAGGAUCAUCGACAAGUCUGGUGUGCAGUUUCAUAUCCUGAACCGACGAAAGGGCGCAGCUGUUUGGGGUCCACGAGCGCAAAUCGACCGCGAUCUCUACAAGAAGCACAUGAAGGCCGAACUCACUUCCUAUCCAAACUUAUCGAUCGUACUCGACAGCGUGUCCGACAUCGUUCUCACACCACAGGAUCCAACAGACGGCGCUUCAAGUCGCAUUUCUGGAGUACGUUUGGAGUCGGGGCAGAUCCUCCCAACAAGCAAGGUCAUUAUAACAACUGGAACAUUCCUCGGCGGCGAAAUUCACAUCGGUCUAGAUGCGUAUCCCGCUGGUCGACUUGGUGAGGCAGCUACCUUUGGGCUGAGCAAAUCGCUGCGCGAUGCGGGCUUCCAGCUAGGCCGGCUCAAGACAGGCACGCCACCACGAAUUGACGGAGCGAGCAUAAACUACGAGGUUCUAGAAAAGCAAUACGGUGAUGACCCACCGUCACCAUUCAGUUACCUCAACGACACAGUGGCAGUACAAGAACAGCUCACGUGCAGCGUGACGUACACAAAUGAGAUGACUCACGAUGUUGUACGUGAUAAUCUUGAUAAGACGAUUCAUAUCAGAGAGACAGUCAGAGGCCCGCGCUACUGCCCCUCCUUGGAAUCAAAGAUCGUUCGGUUUGCCGACAAGACUCGGCACAUCGUGUGGCUUGAACCGGAGGGUUUUGACAGCCCUGUCAUCUACCCCAACGGCCUAUCUAUGACCAUUCCUGCCGAAGCACAGGAGCAGGUCUUGCGCACAAUCCCAGGCCUUGAAAACUCAAAAAUGCUUCAGCCUGGGUAUGGUGUCGAAUAUGACUACAUCGACCCACGCGGCUUGAAGUCGACGUUGGAAACAAAGGCCAUUAGCGGUUUGUACCUGGCAGGCCAGAUCAAUGGUACAACAGGAUAUGAGGAGGCAGCUGGUCAAGGUGUCCUCGCAGGGAUCAACGCAGGCCGCUCUGCUCAAGGUCUUCCGGGGGUUUCUCUUACACGGGGCGAUGGAUAUAUCGGUAUUAUGGUGGAUGACCUUAUCACCAAGGGCGUCACGGAGCCUUACCGAAUGUUUACAUCCCGUAGUGAAUUCCGUAUGGCUGCACGUGCUGAUAAUGCUGAUUUCCGACUGACGCCCAAGGGCCACGAAUGGGGAGUCAUAUCUGACAAGCGCUGGAGCAGUUAUCGCGAUGAGCGACAGCAAAUGGACGACCUCACAAAGGCUUUGCAGUCGGUAUCUCUGAGUCCAAACCAAUGGAUUGAGAAGGGAUUCCAUCUGAAACGUAACUCAACCCGCCGGGAUGGCAUUGAUAUGCUCCGCCUUUCAAGCACAACCACACGUAUCGAGCUUGAGCAGCUUGCAUCCGUCGUGCCGAGCAUUAUGGACUAUUCGGCGAAUGUACGAAACCGUGUCGCUAUCGAGGCAUUUUACGCUCCAUAUGUCAAGAUCGCCGAGACGGAGCGAAAACGGUUCACCAACGACGAGCGCGUACGCAUCCCUAUCGACCUCGAUUAUGGCGAAAUUCCUGGUCUUGCUUUGUCGGAGAAGGAGGCCCUCAGGGUAGCCAAGCCGGAGAACCUUGCACAGGCAAGACGUGUCGAAGGUGUCACUCCAUCGGGUAGUUUGCGUCUACUAGCAUACGUCCGGCGGAAGCCUAUUCGUGAUGUGCUAGGAGAGACAACAGAGGUUCCAUAG